AUGGUCGCCGUGCCCACUGCCUGGUGCUCCGUCGCUCUGGCCCUGCUCCUGGCUCUGCAGGAAGGCAAGGGCCAGGUAGCCGCUGCUCCGGAUCACCCCGCGCCCUCGCCCCGGGCCCGAGGCUCCCACCUGCGGCCUCGACGUUGCUCCUGCAGCUCCUGGCUGGACAAGGAAUGCGUCUACUUCUGCCACCUGGACAUCAUCUGGGUGAACACCCCCGGACAGACAGCUCCUUACGGCCUGGGAAACCCGCCAAGACGCCGGCGCCGCUCCCUGCCGAAGCGCUGUGAGUGCUCCAGCGGCGGAGACCCCGCCUGUGCCACCUUCUGCCAUCGAAGGCCCUGGGCCGAAGCUGUGAUAGUCCCAGGCAGCAGGUCCCCUGCUGACGUGUUCCAGGCCAGCCAGAGAUGGACGCCCGCAGGAGAGCUCCUCCAGCAGCUGAGGGAAAUUUCUGCCACCAAGAUCCGCUUUGCCAGACGACACCAGGAGGCAGAGAGGGAGCCGAGGCCCACGUACCCCAGGCGAAGGAAAACAUAGCACUGAUUGCCAGAUUGCCAAGGAACACUGAGAAGGAGCCUGUGUGGGGCUUCGAGGAGGAGCAGCCCAGGGCCAGGGACCCAACCUGCUGAGGCAGCACGAGAUCUGGCCUCCUUGCACGGGUGAAGGAGCUUCUCCCAAGUCAGCUCAUGUCCUCACCCUACCCAGGGAAGCCUUCAGCCCCCAGGCUGCAGGGCGGCCUCCCCCCACUAGUCCCAGCCCCACCGCCCCGCUAGAAGGAACUACAUGAGGAGCGUGCUAACCCAGAGACCACGUCCUGAGAAGUUUCCUGUCUAUUGGCUACAAACUGAG